CCCCCUCGCCGUUGGCCCCUCCUUUCCUCCUUUCUCUCGCUCUCCAACAUCUUCUCUUAUCUGUUGCUGUUGGAGCCUCAUCUCCCGUGUGGUUGAUUGUUUCUUGUUCUGAAAAUCUGGACUCGACUGAAGAUCAUCUGUCCUCCUCCUCUAUACCCGCCCUCUUUUGUUAUUUUGGCUGUACCAUGCAUCCGCUGCUUCUCCGACCGCCGCCAUAAUCCGUCGGCCCCCUCCCUCUUCGCCCUCCUUCUCCCUCUAUCGCUGUAUUGGAGGCUGUUUUCUUCUGCGCAUAUCCUUCAGGCAUCACGGCGGUGCCUAGGUUUCUCCCCACCCGCACCCAUAACACGACUAAUCGCUUUCGUGUCCGAUUCGGUUUCCUUGGACCGUCUUGAUACAUACACUCCCUAUUCUUAACUGCCCGUCAUGGAUGGGGAUCUGAGCCUUUCCCAGUCUCUGGGGGGCUUACGGAUUGCAAAUCCAGAUGAUUCGUCCCUGCAUUCUUCAGAGGAUGCCACGCCAUCAGCACCGGGGACCGCUACUUCAGCAGACCCUGAACCGAAGCCCGAAACGACUUCAUCCGAACAGCCGGGUCAACCUUCACCUACACAUUCCCAAUCCUCGACAUCAUCACGGAACGAGGAAACUCGAAAUGCCCCUACCACUGCCUCUAUCGAAUCACACCCAAGAUCGGUUGAGAAUCGAAGUUCCGUGGUUUACUCCUAUCCCGAUCCACAGCCGCAACAACCCCAACCUCAACAACAGGCUCCCCAAUAUUCCCCGUACAUGUCACAGCAACAUUCGACCCCUCCGGGUUCAUCUCGUCCUCUAUCCGCCUUUUAUGCCAACGGUUCCACAACCACACUGGCCGCCCGUGAAGGCUCUUACCGUAUUCGAACAGACUCCGCAGCCUCCUCCGCGUCCGAAACCCAAGCGCGUGCAGAAUCUCGAGGUGGUUCCGCAGCAUAUCAGGCUGGAGUCCCAGUGCGCGACAAUAGUCAUAGCGAUCGAUCUUACCGAACAGCACAACUUCCUCCGGGCAACGGGCCAAUGGUGAUGCGUCAGUCUUCCAGGGCCCAUGCUCGCGGCGGAGGUCCAUCCCAACUUUCCGGAUCGCCUUACAACAUGGAGAACGGCCCUGGUUCCAGUAGUGAAGAAUGGCAGGAGCGUGGUGCAGCCGUGUCUGUUCGACAGGAAAUCGAUGCAAACGGGAAGCCGAUCGCACGAUAUAUCAAAAAAGGAGUCCGUGAUUUCUCCUUUGGCCAAACUUUAGGCGAAGGCUCUUACAGUACCGUCGUGCUGGCGACCGAUCGUCAGACGUUGAAGGAGUACGCGAUUAAAAUUCUGGACAAAAGGCACAUCAUCAAGGAAAAGAAAGUCAAAUACGUUAAUAUCGAGAAGGACACGCUAAAUCGACUGACAGAGCAUCCCGGUAUUGUCCGACUUUAUUAUACCUUUCAGGAUGAACGAUCGCUAUAUUUUGUUCUAGAUCUUUGCAAAGGAGGCGAGCUGUUAGGCGUGUUAAAACGGAUGACCACCUUCGACGAGGAGUGCACAAGGUUUUAUGGUGCUCAGAUUCUGGACACCAUAGAUUAUAUGCAUAAACGCGGUGUUAUCCAUCGUGACCUAAAACCAGAAAAUGUCCUACUCGACAGCCAGAUGUACAUAAAAAUCACCGACUUCGGGACCGCAAAGAUCCUCAAGGGCCAGAGACGACCGGAUCAGAGCUCAAGCGGCAUGCCACCUCUCGAUUCCACGGAAAUACCAGAGGAAGAGCGGGCCAGCUCUUUCGUUGGUACGGCAGAGUAUGUCAGUCCGGAACUUCUGACGGACAAGAACGCUUGUAAGGCAAGUGACCUGUGGGCUUUUGGUUGCAUCAUUUACCAGCUCCUGGCGGGCCGUCCUCCAUUCAAGGCAGGUAAUGAGUACCAAACCUUCCAGAAGAUUGUUGCCCUUGACUACGAAUUCCCGGUCGGCUUCCCGGCUGUUGCUCGUGAUCUCGUGGAGCGCUUACUUGUUCUUGACCCUGCUCGGCGUCUACAAAUCGAGCAUAUCAAGAACCAUGAAUUCUUCGAAGGUAUGGUCUGGGGUCCAGACUUGUGGAAACGCAAAGCUCCUCGACUGAAAGCCUAUGUCCCACCACCACGUGAACCCAUCAAACUCAACGGAGGGGGUGAAGGUGACAGCUUUCCCCCAAGCAUCACGUCGGCACCUUCGAAUAACAACAAUUCCAAUUCCCGGACCGUGCCCAGACUUGUAACAGAGCUUCCCCCUCCAAGCCAACUCGACAUUGAAUGGUCCCCGGUCCUAACCAAGGCAAAUGAAAGGAUUUUGAAGCUUGGCAAUCUGGUGGUCCUGUCCUCCCCGGCCUCUCAUAGCCCCGUUUCGAAGAAUGGAAGUGGUGAAUUCGAAGCUCCCAAGAAAUUUUCGAGGUUCUUUGGAGGAAGCACAACUAAAAAACGGCAACGCUUGGUGAUGGUCACUUCAUCCGCACGGAUCAUAAUGGCAGCGGCUGGAGGGGACGAGAAAAAAUCGAAACUCGAAAUCAGUCUUCUUGCCCCAGGAACGCAAUAUCGAACCACAACAGACUCCAAGGGUUUUUCGUCGUGGAUCGUUGAUACGAGGGAAAAACAUUUUGUUUUCGAGGACCCCAAACCGUCGUCUAACAACCUUGGAGCCACAGCCCUGUCCGCACAGGAAUGGUUGGACAGCCUGGAUCGUGCACGGGAAAUGGCCCUGGCCCAUCAAAGGAAUGGAUCGGGUUCUGCAGACGAGACAUUCCAUUCUGGUCUGUCCAGCCACGCUACCACACUUGACCGCAGUUCACAAAUCCAAAAUGAAAGUGCACCAACUGGACGAGCCACCUUAGUCAAGCACCAGACCACUGACUCCGACUCUGUUAAAGGAAGGAAGAGAUUCAGUCGGCGCCAUUCCAAGAACGGCCUGGCAGCAGUCUUCUAGGGCUUGUGCGCAUCUGAGAGAUGUCCUUGGCCUCUUCAAAUCACGUGUCCCCCUUGUUCUUUCCAGAGUCCUUGGGGAUUCGGCUGCGCAGGAUCGCAAACCUUUCAGCUCUCACUCUGUUCACUCUGUAACUCGAAUGAUUUGUUUCCCCCUGCAUCUGCUUGGGUUUCCGAACGGAAUGCCUUGCAUACAAUCACAUGAGCGUUACUUGACGCUUUCACAGCUUCUUGAGCAAAUCUUGCUCAUUUUGAUAUCCGCGAAUUUCGAUCAUGAACCCUUAGCCGGUUAUCAUUGUUUCCUUUGUCUAUUUGCAUCUAUAAGAAUUUUUUUUUUUUUGUGG